AUGGUGGACCCGGAGGUAGACGUCGAGACGGGGCAGGACGAGGAGAUGAUCGAGGUCGAGGCAACGGAAGAGGCAGCAAAUGGCGACGAACCAACAGGACUCGAGGACAUUGAGCCCGAAGUCCCCGAACGGACCACCUUCCUCGACUACCUACGUUCACCCAUAGUCCAACUCGUCCUGGGCACCGGCGCAAACAAAGAGAUCCUCUCCGCCCACCAAGCCUUACUAACCCAAUCUCCCUUCUUCACCUCAGCCGUCACAUCACUCAACGACGCAAAUCGACGUAUAGACCUCUCUAGCGACGACCUCCACGCCACAGCCUCCGUCCUCGAAUUCCUUUACAAAGGCGAUUACUUCCCCACUCUUGAAGCAGGCAACAGUCUAGCCUACGACCCUACCGUUGCCUCACCAGACGACGAAGGCGUGGCCCUCUUACGCCACGCACGCGUCUACACCCUCGCGCAGCGUUUCGGCCUCCCCACAUUAGCACAAAUGGCGCACAAGAAGAUCCAUCUCACGCAGUCUACCGCGAAAGGCGAGAUCGCGUACGCGCGCUUCGUGUACAAAGAAACGAGUCCGGACGACGAGAACAUCCGGAAACCCGUGGCCGCAUUCUGGGCGACGAGGAGCCAUGUAUUACGGCACGAAGCGGAGAAGGAGUUCAAGCGCAUGUGUCUGGAGUUCCCGCAGUUUGGCUUUGACGUGCUGAGUCUGGUGCUGGAUGCGCAGGAGAAGCGGAGUCGGAGGGAGGAGGUGCAGAGUUCGGGGACGGCGAGCGGGAGGAAGAGGCAGAGGGUGAGUAGUGCGAUUGUGCCUCCUGGAGUGGGGCUGAAGUAG